AUGAUUAUUGAUGCAGCGAUCGUCACCGUCGAUCUCAUCCCCAUAGAUUCCUUGCUCAAUCAAUCCCUGACACCCUCAGAACGUAUCAAAAAUUCUUUGUUACGAUCGUUCAGACGCGCCGGAUUCCUCGCCGGAGCUUCUAAUGUCGCCCACAAAUUAGCUGCCACCGCCGACGUCGUGUACGACGACAGCGAAUACCUCAUGAAAUUCUCCGUCGGCACGCCGCCGGUUGAAUUCCUAGCCACCGCUGAUACCGGCAGCAACCUUAUCUGGAUCCAAUGCGAGCCCUGCGUCCACAGCUUCGACCAUAUUCGGCCGCUGUUCGAUCGGAGACGAUCGUCUUCUUACAGGCCGGUCGCCGCUGACACGCCGACUUGUAGGUCACUGGGGCGGAUGUCCCGCGCCGGCACAGACGACACGUGUCACUACUCUAUUAGUUAUGGAGAUGGGUCGACCUCCGCCGGAAAAAUCGCCACCGAAACGGUGGCGGUCGGAAAAUUGUCGGCCCCUAACAUCGUCAUCGGAUGCGGACAUGAUAACCGGGGAGCUUUCAGCAAAUACGCCGCCGGAAUCGUCGGCCUCGGCGCCGGAGAUGCGUCGCUGAUAAAUCAAUUAGGGAAAUCGAUCGAGGGCAAAUUCUCCUACUGCCUUGCACAGGCGUCGUUCAGUUUAGAGCCACGGAAAAUGAGCAAAAUGAUAUUCGGCGGCGGCGUUUCGGGGUGGGGGGUGGUGUCGACGCCGCUAGUGCAGAAACCAGGUUCCACUCACUACCACCUGAUGCUGGACGGAAUAACGGUGGGGAAUCGACGGCUGAAUUUGGCUCCAUCCAACGGCUCCUAUGCGUCGAAUUACGAUGGCACCAUAACCAUAGACACUGGAACAACCAUUACCUACCUUCCGCCGGAAUUGUACGAACCGUUGGCGGCCGCCGUCCACAGCCAGGUGAAGCUGAGGAAAAUGGCGGAUCCGAUGGGGUUGAUGAGGAUGUGCUACGAGUAUCUGACAGUUGCGGAUUUAGAGAAGCUUCCGGCAAUGACUGCCCAUUUCCGAGGUGGCAAUUUGAAGUUGAGAAAUUAUAAUUGUUUUACGAUGACCAGAGAGGGAACUGUGUGCCUGGCGUUUGAAUCGGCGCCCCGGGAGGGGAUGGUGCCGGUGUACGGGAAUCUAGCGCAGUCGAAUUUCAAGAUAGGGUUUGACUUGAAGAAGAUGAGGGUUUCCUUUAAGCCAUCGGAUUGCAGCUAA